UUAUUUUUUUACCAGUAUGUUACCUUUUUUGUCUAGUUAUUCAAAGGGAGGGCACUGACCUGAAAAGAGAUAGGGGGAGAGCACCCAGGAGGGGACAGCCCUGAUAGGUGCCCUCCUCCCCUCCCCUCAUCUGGGCAGUUACGCCAUUGAACAUGAGACAUCAUUAACCAAAUUUUUUUUUUCUACACUAGUAAAAAUAUUUGUAAAAGGGAUACUUUCUAUCCAAGGGCAUGGAAAUUUAGGAGGGCGGAAGCUACGAAUUGUCUCCGUACCGUACUUCCCGUACAUGGACUACGACCAAGAAGUGGAUCUGGAGCAGGACACUCUCGUAGCUACUCAUGACUCCCUAGACAUCAGGAUUAUUGAUGCAUUUGCUAAUCAUCUUAAUUUCACACCAGAAAUUCACGCCGAGCCAAAAAGGUCUUUCGGCGACGAGAGAGAUGGCCAGUUUACAGGCAUGAUCGGCCAGCUGCAGCGGGAGGAGUCAGACUUCAGCACGAUUGUGGCGCCAACUCCCGGACGGCUGAAGGCUAUUGAUUAUCUCAGAUCCUAUCCAUCGGACGUGAUGGUGGUAACUUCUCUUCAGCCUACUGUGUUACCCGCACAUUUGUCCAUCAUCAGACCUUUCUCAGGUGGAGUCUGGGCUGGAAUAUGUGUUGGGGUGCUGGUGUGGAGCACAACAUUCUGGCUGCUACAGUUUGCAUGGAGUCGGGUUGUGGCCGACCGUUCUGUUCCCUUCACUUCCAUUUUCUUAUACGGAUGGGGCGCCCUGAUGCAGCAACCACCUUCGGAUCCCUCAGUCACAGUCUCCGGCCAGGAGUAUGGUACGAAUCAAGGGCUGAGCAAUGACCGCACCGGGUACUAUUUUGACAGUUUUUCCUCCAAUGACCGAGCUCUUAACACCAGUAGCAUUGUAAAGGACGGUCAACGAAUGCCUUUACUGGAAGAGAAAGAGGACCGAUUUUUACACGUUCAGGGAGAAACGAAUCAUAAAAAAAUAACUGAAUGUUCGGUGUGGCUUGAUGGAUUCGAAGAUCCCAUCGGAAGGGCUAAGCAGAUAGAGAAGCAUCAUCGCCUUCGUUAA